AAGAACAAACCACUGUACGUAUCUCUCUCUUUCUCUCUCUAUACAUAUAUAUAUGUAUGUAUGUGUAUGUGAUGUAGUUGUAGAAGAGAAAGGAGAGUUUUGGUGCAACUAAGUGGAGAGAGAAAUCCAGAUAUACUCAAUUUUGAUCUCUGUGUGGUCUCUGCAGCAAAUUUUGUGUGAGUUUGGAUGUUUAUGAUUGUUUUGGGUGAUUUUGGAAAUCGUGUUGAUUGCAGAAGGGCCUACCAUCAGUCCCGCGGAAGUCACUGUUAGGAUCACUUCAAUUUCACGCUUCCGUGGGUGGUUCUGAAGAAUCUGGAGCUGAAUUAUGCAAUUUGGUGAGGAAGUUGUAGAAGGUGGAGUUGAUUUUGAUGAUUUGAAAGUGUUCGCACUGCGCGGUUGAGCGAGUUGUUAGAACAACUGAAAAUCAGCAUAAAUCUCAAAUUACCUUUGUUGUGUUGGUGAAGAAUCUGCGGCUAAUGCGCCUCCGAUCUUCGUAUUUGGAGGCAGAUCUGAUUCGGAGCUCAAUUCCUCAAACCUUCUAUUUCCAUCACCAAAAGUUUUCCAGAAUUCAAUUUGAUUAGGAAUUUGGUAAUUCUGCGGAUUGAAAAUCGAAAUCGUGGAGAUCUUCAUGGAGUUGCCUUUUGGAACCGAAGGUAGAAAGGCUACCCAUGAUUUUCUCUCACUGCACUCAUCAUCAUCCGCACAUGUCGUCCAGCAAGAUCCAGCACCACCACAAGGUGCCUACCUGAAAACUCACGACUUCUUACAACCACUAGAAAGAGUUGGGAAGAAUCAAACAACAAGAGAAGAAAACAGAGGUGCAAUACCUGCUGUGGAAAAGCUGCCGCCGGCGGUGGAGCACAUUCUUCCCGGCGGCAUUGGGACAUACAGCAUCUGUUACAUCAAUCAAAGGCCUGCUGCUUUAAAGCCAGAGAGGAGCUUAUUUACAAACACACAGCCACAGGCGAGCAGCACUGCCGCCAAGAACGAUGAAAUCGAAAAAAACUCAAAUUGCAGUUCUUACCCGGCGAGUGGCUUCUCACUCAUGUGGGACGAAUCUGCGGGAAAGACAGGGAAGGAGAAUAUAGCAGAAAGACAUCCCCUGCAAGGGGAUGGCCAAUGUCCGCCAUUGAUGAAGAAUAGCAGAUCGUCUUCCAAUCACAAUGCUGUCAAUGAAUCCUUCAGCUCUUUCUCAUCCUCUCAGCAUUCGACAUAUCAAAAGGGGCAAUGUUUCAUGGAUAUGAUUGCAUCCAGCAACAAUGACCACGACGACGAUGAAGAAGAAGAAGAUGAUGAGUUCCUCAUCAAGAAAGAGUCUUCACCUCACCCAAAAGGUAAUUUGUCCGUAAAAGUUGAAGCAAAAGCAACCGAGCAGAAACCAAACACGCCGCGCUCCAAACACUCGGCCACAGAGCAACGUAGGCGGAGUAAAAUCAAUGACAGGUUUCUGAAACUAAGAGAGGUAAUUCCGAACAGCGAUCAAAAGCGAGACAAGGCAUCGUUCUUACUAGAGGUCAUCGAGUACAUCCAGUUUUUACAAGAGAAAGUUACCCGAUACGAAAGCUCAUACCAUACAUGGACACAAGAACAAUCAAAGAUUACUGACUGGGCAGGAAUUAACCAGAAGAAUCGCCAAAUAGCCGAAGGCCUCAUCAACCAAAUGCAAGGAGAUAAAACCAAAUGCAGCAUAGUAUUCCCUUCGAAGGUAGAUGAGAAAAAACCCGGCACAGACACAAGCAAUGCAGCACCAAUUCAUCCAAAGAUUGCAAGUUUUUCAAAGCAAGUAUCCAAUGCAGAGGAAAGAUUUUGCGAUCGUGAUCAAGAACUUAAUAUUGAGAGCGGGACAAUCAACUUCUCGAGCAUCUACUCCCAAGGGUUGCUCGCGGCUCUAACACAAGCACUACGUAAGUCCGGAGUGGACUUAUCGCAGGCGAGCCUGUCGGUGCAAAUCAAGCUAGGAAAACGAGCGAAUGCUGCGCCAUCAUCAAAGGAACAUGAUAUUCCAACUGGCCAUCGGGGGGUGGAGGAUCCCGACGAGGGGGCGGUAAAGAAACUGAGGAGUUGGUGAUGAGCAAGGGGGUACAGUACAGAGUAAUACACAUACUCCUCUACUAUUCUUUGGUAGAUUAAAUUUGUUAAUUAAUUUGCAUUCUAAGUUAUGAUCAAUGAUGCCAUUUGCCUGCUUUAUUGACUGUGUACAUGUUAUGUUAUGUUUUUGUUUCAAUAUGCUUAAUUAAUUUACUUGCUGAUUUCUCUGGAAAUAUCAUAUAUAUAUAUAUAUAUAUAUAUAUUGUACCUUGAUUGUGUAUUAUAACUAAUUUAUUUUGUAGUAUAAUAAAUGUAAGGUUUUCAUUGUGA